AUGUGCCUUCCUUACAAAUACAUGGAGCCUAUCAUGAGCCUAGUACAACUGAUGUUUCUUCUUCACAAAUGGAUGUAACCUACCAUGAAGCAAUACCUGCAGAGGUGGUUUCUCCGGUUACCAAGUUUAAAUUGGUCAUGGAUCCUGUGCCAAAGGGUACAAAGAUGAAUACGAUGGAUGAUAUUAUCUUGACUCAACAAGGUGCUACCCUUACCCAGGUGGGGAAAGUAGUUAAUGGCCCAGAAAAGGACAAAAAGAAGAUGAAGAAGGAUUCUGUAAAGCACGCUGUAGAUUAUUCCAACAAAUCUAAGCAAAAGGAAAAGCCCUUUCCUAAGGAGUCUGCUGGUUCAAAUGGGCACGUACCAUCCGAAAUCGAGCAUGACAGAAAGAAUUCUGUAACAAAAUUGUCAAAUAGCAUAACAUCUAAGCCUUCAAAUCCUCACACUUCUUUUCAUGCCGAGAAUAACAAAGAAAUAACUCCAGAGUUUGUUAGAGAGAAUGAUUUACCCAGUUCACUAAAGGAUGAAGCCAAGACUGAUGUGCCUUCCUUACAAAUAGAUGGAUCCUACCAUGAGGCUAGGACCAUUGAUGUUUCUUCUUCACAAAUGGAUGUAACACACCAUGAAGCAAUACCUGCGGAGGUGGUUUCUCCAUUGACUGAGAUUAAAUUGGUUAUCGAUUCUGUGCCAGAGGGUCCAAAGAUGAAAACAAUGGGUGAGAUUAUUUUGGCUCAACAAGGUGCUACCAUUCCACAGGUGGGGAAAACAGUCAAUGGCCCAGAAAAGGAUGAAAAGAAGAUAAAUAAGAAGGAUUCUCUAAAGCAUGCCAUAGAUUGUUCCGACAAAUCCAAGCAAAUGGAAAAGCCCUUUCCUGAGGAGGUUGCUGCUUCAAAUUGGCAUGCACCAUUACAAACUGAGGAUGACAGAAAGGAAUCUACAACAAAAUUGUCAAAUGUCAGAACGUCUAUGCCUUCAAAUCCUCACACUUCUUGUUACGCUGAGGAUUACAAAGAAAUAACUCCAGAGUUUGUUAGAGAGAAUGAUUUUAAGGAUGAAGCCAAGACAGAUGUGCCUUCUUUACAAAUACAUGGAGCUUACGAUGAGGCUAGGACAACUGAUGUUUCUUCUUCACAAAUGGAUGCAACCCACAAUGAAGCAAUACCUGCAGAGGUGGUUUCUCCAGUGACACAGAUUAAAUUGGUUGUAGAUUCUGUGCCAGAGGGUCCAAAGAUGGAAACAAUGGGUGAGACUAUUUUGGCUCAACAGGGUGCUACCAUUCCACAGGUGCGAAAAGCAGUAAAUGGUCCAGAAAAGGACGGAAGGAAGAUGAAGAAGAAGGAUUCUUUAAAGAAUACCAUAGAUUAUUCCAACAAAUCCAAGCAAAAGGAAAAGCCCUUUCCAAAGGAGACUGCUGUUUCAAAUGGGUUUGUACCAUCCCAAACCAAGCAUGACAGAGAGAAAUCUGCAACAAAAAUGUCAAAUGGCAGAACAUCUGUGCCUUCAAAUCCUCACGCUUCUUUGUAUGCAAAGACUAACAAAGAAAUAACUCCAAAGAUUGUUAGAGAGAAUGAUUUAACCAGUUCACAAAAGGGUGAAACCGAGACUGAUGUGCCUUCCUUACAAAUACAUGGAGCCUACCAUGAGGCUGGGACUACUGAUGUUUCUUCUUCACAAAUGGACAUAACCCACCAUGAAGCAAUACCUGCAGAGGUGGUUUGUCCAGUGACUGAGAUUAAAUUGGUCGUAGAUUCUGUGCCAGAGGAUCCAAAGAUGGAAACAAUGGGUGAGAUUCUUUUGGCUCAACAAGGUGCAGUCAAUGGUCCAGAAAAGGAUGGAAAGAAGAUGAUGAAGAAGGAUUCUUUAGAGCAUGCCAUAGAUUAUUCCAACAAAUCCAAGCAAAAAGAAAAGUUCUUUCCUAAGAAGGAGGCUUCUUCUUCAAAUGGGCAUGUACCAUCUCAAACCAAGCAUGACAGAAAGGAAUCUGCAACAAACUUGUCAAAUGGCAGAACAUCUGUUCCUUCAAAUCCUAACACUUCUUAUUAUGCUAAGAAUCUUCCCUGUGUGCCAAGAAAAGUAGGAAAGGAAGAGACAAUUCCCAAGAAGAAAAAACCUGGUCUGCAGGCAAGAGAAAACAAAAGAUCAGUAUCUGAUUCCAUACACAUGUCCCUCUGUUUGGGAUCUCAACGGCCUGCUAAUAUCACAGUUCCUCAGCCAUUUGUUCUUGCUACUGACAGGCGGGUUUCUAUUGUUCAAAAUCUUGGAGACAAAGAGAUUGUGAAGUGUGCUUUCAAGACUUUUCGACACAGUUUGUCCAUCCCAGGACUGGCCAAAAUUGAGGCCCCUGCAAAUGUAAUACGAAAGGAAGUUGCUGGCUCAACAACUCCUCAUCAGAAACAUGGAAGAAGUGAUGAUAAGAGUGCACAAAGGUGCACAAAGUUGGUUGGAUCGAAAGACAGCGAAGAUAAAAAUGGUUCAAGUGAAACCAGUGUUAAUGGGAGAAAAUUAAAUUCAAAGGUGUCCUCAACAACAUUUAGCUUGAAAAGUGUUGAAAGGGCAGAGAAACGGAAAGAGUUCUAUAUGAAAUUGCAAGAAAAACUGAAUGCCAAGGAAGCUGAGAAGAACAAAAUUCAAGCAAAGACAAAGGUUUGUGUUAUACUAUAA